AUGGAGAACGAGAAUAGGGCGCUCAAGGAACAGAUGAAGAAGCACCGAGAACGGGUAGACAAGAUACCAGGUGCCCCUAAAUUGUUACCAAAAAGAGAACUGGCGGAUGCCGGCCUAUUCCAUAGAAACAUUCGGAAAAAAAUGAUGUACAAGUUUGUGACGGCGUAUGCUGGGGCCAAGAAAGCUAAAACAAGGGUAAAUGAUAUCUUCUCCAUCACACAAUCCCCAUGGGAAGGACAGAAGGACUUUUUAGCACGAUUCAACAGGGUGAGGAUGACCUUACCAAAUGUCUCCGAGGGAAUGGCCGUGGCAUCCUUCCAAAACGGGCCAAAGAGAGAAGGCUCAAAGACGACCAAAAAGUUACUGAGCCGAUUGAUGAAAUACCCACCGGCUACCUGGUCUACGCACUCAAGAAGCUCGAAACAAAAGUCAGACGACUUUUGUGAGUUCCACCAAGACGGUGAGCAAAAGAUGGAAGACUGCAACGCUCUAAGGUUAGAAGUGGUUAACCUGCUGCAAUACGGACACCUCAAAGAGUUACUCGGUGACAAAGGUAGGAAAACCUUAGCAAAAGGUCGAGAAUGCCCAGGCCCGCCAAAGAAGCCCUCUCCCGCUCACACUAUUAACAUGGUUAUUGGGGGCAGUGACGAUGCAUCCAUCAAUGGCAUCAAGUUCACCACCACUUACAAACUCAAUAGAUCAAUCACCCACGAACGAUAUGAAGAUCUCGAAGAGAGUAUCAUCUUCGACGAGUCAGAUGCUAAUGGUUUGACUUUCCUUCAAAAUGAUGCACUUGUCAUUACUUUACGUAUUUUUUAUACUGAUGUUAGGAGAAUUAUGGUGGACGACGGAAGCGGAGCGUAUAUCAUCCAUCCCCGAGUCCUCACACAGAUGCGACACGAGGAUAAGAUAAUGCCGCGAUGGAUCACGCUAAUCGAUUUUAGCAAUACAGUUGAACGAACUUCAGGCGAGAUCACACUUCCCGUCCUCGCAGGGUGGGGGGGAGGGGUAACACUGGAGACCACAUUCCACAUCAUGGAUCAGGAGACAAGAUACAACACCAUCAUAGAUCGACCAUGGAUACACCCUAUGAGCUACUUGCAGGACGGUGUUCUCCCAAACGUCAAAAAAGAAGCCAGGAAGUUGAGAAUGCAAGCGGCAAGGUACAAGCUCCUCCACAACGAAUUGUAUAAAAGGACAUACGGUGGCCCAUUGGCAAAAUGCUUUGGGCCGAAUCAAACUCAAUGUGUCCUCGAGAAUGUGGAUGAAGGCCACUCUGAUAGUCAUCCCGAUGAUCGUUCACUGGUGUGGUUUCCUUAUUCGCGAUUGCGAAGGCUUAAUUGGGCGACUGGUGAGGUGGUCUUUGUGAUAACGAGAAAUGGUCUGCGUUCGUGGAGUUUUGAGAUUUUGUGUUACGCGAACACGGGUGCAUAA